UUGUUCAUUACGCGCGUUGGACUCGAACCGGGAACUGUUGUAGCGUGGCAAACAUGUCUUCAGUCUACAGUGUUCACUGAUAAGCAGACUUGACAUGGACAUGGGUACGGAUUCCACACAACCCAGAGGCCUCGUUAAAUAAACUAGAUUCGUAAUUAGAGUCCUCUUGCUGCUGUCUUCGCACUCGACUUCGAAUUCAUGACUGGCAUGGGGGCACGGUAUUGAUGCGCUCGAUAUUGCGCUCAGAUCUACAGAAGCCCACUCCGCCGGCCACAACUCAACGCUUGAGGACGGAACUUCGCGCGUUGGUGUGAGACUUUUGGAGUUGCCUAAUUGGAACCGCAAUUUAGAGCAAUGACGGACUCUACAGCCUCAGACCCGGUGAGCACCAUCCCGGAUCCAACUAUUGUUGAUCCGUCGACUGUGAACGGCCAGUUCGACCCGACAGAUCAACAGCCACCCAAAAGAGCAAAUCAGGGGGAACCUAAAUUCAAGAUGGACCAGGAGAUGAAGAUUAGCGAUAGUGUGGAGGGGCAAGGCUUACUGGAGAGCAGCAUGAGGCUGAAGCCCCACGAAGCUCAAAGCUACCGCAAGAAAGCAUUGUGGGUCUCCUGGGUUUCCAUCUUUGUGACGCUGAUCCUGGCAGUAGCAGCUUUCACGGUUUCCUUCAUGAGACACAGUGCCUCGGCUUUCGGAUUCGCUUUUGAUGCCGCCCUGGACGUGCUGUCCUCCAUCAUCGUGGUGUGGCGCUAUAGUAACGCCGCCGCCGUUCACUCUGCACACAGGGAGUACAUAGCCUGCGUGAUCCUGGGGGUGGUCUUCAUCCUGUCCUCUCUGUGUAUCCUGGGAAAGGCAAUCCAUGACCUGGCUACCAAGCUACUGCCUGAAGUGGAUGACUUCCUCUUCAGUGUAUCCAUUGUCAGUGGCGUGAUGUGUAUCAUUCUGUCCGUGUUCAAGUUCAUGCUGGGCAGGGUGCUCACCAGCAGAGCCCUCAUCACAGACGGUUUCAACUCCCUGGUGGGCGGGGUCAUGGGCUUCUCCAUCCUAAUCAGUGCCGAGGUGUUCAAGCACGAUCCCAAAGUGUGGUACCUGGACGGGUCCAUAGGGGUCCUGAUAGGCCUCGUCAUCCUGGCCUACGGAGUCAAGCUGCUGGUUGAUAUGGUCCCUCGAGUGCGACAGACGAGGAACUACGAGCGCUUUGAGUGACAGAAGACCACGGGAAGGGCAGCGAGGGCUCAGUGGGGGAUGGGUUCUAGGUUAUAUACAGUAUGUGUACGUCCAGUGUCUGUUCUAGGAUAUGUAUAUCUACGCCCAGUCCCUAUCCUGCUCAGCUCCAUUCUUCCUGGUAGAUCUCUCCAGUCACCAUGACAAACCUAUUGAUUGAUUUAGACCUCACGGUGCCAGCCCAGUGGCAUUUUAGUGAGACACAAGUGGUCCAUUCUGCAGCGUUCCCCCUGUCUCUCUCUUGACUCCGAACCUGAUCCGUCCAUAGGAGUCAUUACGAAGUCAAAGGGAAGACGGAGGAGGUUUCCCUCGAUGUUUCUCCUCCUCUGCCGAAGCAGGGGGAGGCGGAAGGACAGACCGAAGAAUGUGGGCUGCUGAGUCGUCAGGAAAUUAUGCCACUGCCGCUACAAAGGCACUGCACAUUGUCCACUGAUUACAGUCUGGUGUUCAUAUCUCCAUCUCCACUUGGACAAGAUGGCUGAUUCAGAUAUGCAUCUCAGUCCUUAUGGGAUUUCAAAGGUUUCUAAUAGGCUUUUUCUUUUGUUCAGUAACACUGGGUGUGUCCCCAAUGGCACCCUAUGCCCUUUAUAGUGCACUACUUUUGACCACCCUAUUCCCUUUAUAGCGCACUACUUUUGACCGGGGCCCAUAAAAAGUGCACUAUGUAGGAAAUAGGGUGGCAUUUGGCACACACAAACAGCCUAUUUCUGUUUGACACCACUGCUCAAAGUAGGUGUGUUGCGUUUAUGUAAUCGUGAUGUAGUAACAGGUAAAUUAUACAAUAGUUUCUACUAUUCGUAACUAUAGGGCAUGUUUGCUAUCCCCCAAAAAAUCAGCAGGGGAAAUUGAUUUCUGAGAUGCCCAUUGUAUUAUCAAUUGUAGACACAAUAGUAUAGUAUAGCAGUACACUAUGUGCAAUAACAACAUGACAGACGACUCUUAUCAAUGGAUUGUGUCCCAAAUGGCACCCUAGUCCCUACAUAGGCACUAUGGGUCCUGGUCAAAAGUAGUGCACUAUAGGGAAUAGGGUGAUAUUUGGGACAAAACCUGUAUCAUUUGAUUAGUGAAUAUGAAAGCACAAAUGUCCCUGUCAACAACUCAUGUAUGGAAUCUGUGUUUGCUGUAUUGCUUAAGAGGGCCACAUUAAGGGGUGUUGAAUAAAAGCCAAUGGCAGACCAUCAACAGACAACAUGACUGGAGACAGACUCUAGCCAGAGAUUACUGCGCUGGAAUUAAAACAAGUCUUUUUCUGUGCACCACAGCCAAGUCUGUUGGCUUGAGCACAACAGAUCAUCCCUUUUUAGGCCAUUCUCUCUUCCUUAUCUAAUUCCUUAAUCAAGUCUGAUGGGGGUAAUACGGUCGUCCUGGCGAGUAAAUAUACCAUAUACAAUGAUAUUGUUUAAAGCUUUCACAAUCUGCCACGCUGGAUGUAAUUAUAUAUGUAGGAUAUACACUACAUGACCAAAAUUAUGUGGACACCUGCUCAUCGAACAUCUCAUUCCAAAACCAUGGGCAUUAAUAUGGAGUUGGUCCCCCCUUUCCUGCUAUGACAGCCUCCAAUCUUCUGGGAAGGCUUUCCACUAGAUGUUGGAACAUUGCUGGGGGGACUUGCUUCCAUUCAGCCACAAGAGAAUUAGUGAGAUCAGGCACUGAUGUUGGGCGAUUAGGCAUGGCUCGCAGUUUGAAUUCCAAUUCAUCCCAAGGGUGUUACAUGGGGUUGAGGUCAGGGCUCUGUGCAGGCCAGUCAAGUUCUUAGACACCGAUCUCAACAAACCAUUUCUGUAUGGACCUCACUUUGUGUACGGCAGCAUUGUCAUGCUGAAACAGGGGACUUCCCCAAACUGUUGCCACAAAGUUGGAAGCACAGAAUUGUCUAGAAUGUCAUUGUAUGCUGAAGAUUUCCCUUCACUGGAACUAAGAGGCCUAGCCCGAACCAUGAAAAACAGCCCCAGAUCAUUAUUCCCCCUCCACCAAACUUUACAGUUGGCGCUAUGCAUUGGGGCAGGUAGCGUUCUCCUGGCAUCCGCCGAAUCCAGAUUAGUCUGUCGGACUUCCAGAUGGUGAAGCAUGAUUCAUUACUCCAGAAAAAGCGUUUCCACUGCUCCAGAGUCCAACGGCGGCGAGAUUUACACCACUCCAGCCGAUGUUUGGCAAUGCGCAUGGUGAUCUUAGGCUUGUGUGCGGCUGCUCGGCCAUGGAAACCCAUUUCAUGAAGCUCCCGAUAAGCAGUUCUUGUGCUGACGUUGCUUCCAAAGGCAGUUUGGAACUCGGUAGUGAGUGUUGCAAUCGAGGACAGCACAUUACCAUUGUUUCUCCUAAACGUUUCCACUUCACAAUAACAGCACUUACAGCUGACCGGGGUAGUUACAGCAGGGCAGAAGUUUGACAAACUGACUUGUUGGAAAGGUGGCAUCCUAUGACGGUGCCACGUUGAAAGUCACUGAGCUCUUCAGUAAGGCCAUUCUACGACCAAUGUUUGUCUAAGGAGAUUGCAUGGCUGUGUGUUCUACACCUGUCAGCAACACGUGUGGCUGAAAUAGCCAAAUCCACUAAUUUGAAGGGGUGUCCACAUGCUUUUGUAUAUGUAGUGUAUGUGGUUUACAAAAUGAAAAGAAUCCACAUAAAUCAUUGUUAUGUGAAUUACAUGAAUACAAUGUUGACAUUAUACAAUUACAUGCAUGCAGUGUUGACAUACAGCAAUUCAAUGUUGACCCAUUGCACAAGGAGUGCACUUAAGGGCUCUAUUCAAUCCGAAUCGCGGAAAUUCAGCAUUACAGCAUGAUUGAAGGCAAUGUUCCCGGGUUGGCGGAGACUGCAUUCACGGUAAACACUGCAGAUGUGGACUCAAUAGGAAAUGACCUUGAAAUCAGUAAUGCUUCAGGAUACAGAUUGAAUAGAGCCCUAAAGGAAGAUGAUUGAAAUCGAGCCUUCAAGCUGUGCAUACCGAUUCAGUCUUUCAGAAUACUGUACCAAUGAAAGUUGUCAAUAAGACAUUAGUUAUUAUUGUGCACUAUAAUACAAAAUACAUUUUUGUACAUACAGAAAGGGAUUUUUGUUUACAGAUGGGACGGGUCAUUGUACUCGCUCCAAAUGGCUUUUUAGACCAGGAUUCAAUCCGAGGCUCGUUAUAGAGCAGUGCACUGGACAGACAAAAAUGCACUUUUUAAAGUUAACUUACACUUGAGCAGACAUUCGCAGCAUUUGCCUUAAAUGCGAUCUCCACGAACGCCAGGGAAAUUGCCUUUAAAAGGGGCAUUGGGGCCUCCCAGGUGGCGUAGUGGUCUAGGGCACUGCAUCGCAGCGCCAGCUGUGCCACCAGAGACCCUGGGUUCGCGCCCAGGCUCCGUCGCAGCCGGCCGUGACUGGGAGGUCCGUGGGGCGACGCACAAUUGGCCCAGUGUCGUCCGGGUUAGAGAGGGCUUGGCCGGUAGGGAUAUCCUUGCCUCAUCGCGCACCAGCGACUCCUGUGGCGGGCCGGGCGCAGUGCACUGCCAACCAAGGUUGCACGUGUUUCCUCCGACACAUUGGUGCGGCUGGCUUCUGGGUUGGAUGCGCGCUGUGUUAAGAAGCAGUGCGGCUUGGUCGGGUUGUGUUAUGGAGGAUGCAUGGCCUUUGUCUCUCCCGAGCCGGUAUGGGAGUUGUAGCGAUGAGACAAGAUAGUAACGACUAAUAAUUGGAUACUACGAAAUUGGGGGGAAAAAGGGGGUAAAAUAAAAAGGGGCAUUGUUGCAUGUCAACUGUGCUGCACUAUAACAUACUCUGUAUUGAAUCAUGGCCUGACUCUAAUUCUUACCAACCUUUUGUACAUAGCAAUGAAUUCUUGUACAUAUUGUAAUAUAAGUUGAUAUGUUUACAUUGGUAUUGCCAAUUUAAGCAGAGAGUAGACUUGCUAGAUAAUCGGUUGCGGUGUUGUUCUGUAUUAAGAGUGCUUAAGCUAAGUCAAUGUUUGUCUUCUCAAAGGAAAGUGUCAUUAGACUACUAAGUUCAGGAUCUAGGAUGGGUUUCAAUUCACUUCGAUAAUGUGAUUGAGCAAGAGUUGCACCACUGUAACCUUUUGUUUUCUGUAACUGUUUUCAGUCAUAAAGGAUGGAUACUAACGCAACCCCCUAAAUUUAUGGCUGCGUUCCAGGCUGACUACGUUGCAGAAGCAUGCCAGAUGUCACAACGCCUAACCAGAAUAUCAGUUUACCACAUCACAUGAUGGAUUCAUCUGAUACCCGACUCUGCAGCCGAUGACGUGGCACACAACCAUUGGUUAAUCCAAUGCAUGUCUGCAAUGUAGUCGGCCUGGAACGUGACAGGCUCAUUGGAGCACCAUGGCUCUUAGCCCAACGGCCAGCAGGAGGCGAUAUUGAGUCGUUUCAUCUUCCCUUCCAAACGCAUUGUUGGAAACUGCGUAUCCCUCGUGGACAGUUCGUACCUUAAACAUCCUCUACUCAGGCUUCAAAGGUGGCGAUUUCCUCCUUAACUAUAUUUAAAGGUGGGGGAAAUAUGUACUUUAUGAAAUAUCAUGCUAGAGUGGCUAAUGCUACAUAAAUGCCUAGGAAUGGUAGUCCUGGAUGUGGCGUAUCGUGUUCAGCCAAUCCGUUUGCAGCAGUCUGUUGUUUACCCCUGGCUGAACGCAGGGAGCAACAUGAAGAAGCAUUAGCAUGAAUAGAGAAUGUUUUAUGUACGAACCGUCAACGGGGGGAUACGCAGUUUCUCUGGACCCCAGCAAGGUUUUGUUUCAUGGUCUGACCCACUGGGCACAGACAUCAAUUCAACACUUAUUCCACGUUAGUUCAACCUAAUUUAAUUGAAAUGACAUGGAAACAAAGUCGAUUCAACCAGUGUGUGCCCAGUUGGGAGGCACUUUUUCAGUCACAUUCCUGAAGCCCAAGAAACAAACACUUAACGUCCUAGUACACAUGGCAAUGAAAAAGGUUUAUAAGGUACUUUUAGAAGGGUUACUGUCAAAAGUAUGUGUUAAAUAAAAGUAGACCGAUGUCAGGCACAUGGUCCCUCAGAGCUUGUGGGGGCUGCGGGGUGUCUGGUAGGCUGGUGGAUACUGGCUGCAAACAAUGCGCUUGGACGGUAAGAUGAAAUGACUAAAUAUCAACAUCUGUCUGGCCUUUGGGUCUACAUGGCUCGCUGGUCUCAGACACCAAUCAAAGACAGUGAGGUAUCAAAGGAGGCAUAUAAUUUAUUAGCAGAUGGAAAUGUCAUCCUUUCCAAGCCACAAUUGCACUGCACAGAAACAGCCUUAACCAUUGAACUGGGGCACAUUCUGUAAGUAAACUGCUCAGAACAUUGCAGAAAGAAAUGUAAUGAUUAGAGCUGACAUGAUGCAUAAUUUUACAAGACAGAAAAUAAUUUCUGCUUCUACAAAAUGCAUUUCUAUGAUAAUUACAUAUUAAUAUGGAUAUUGUAUAACAUUGCACUCAUCUGAACAGACCCCAGAAUUCUGGAAAUGAGAAUAUAAACUUUGAAAGUUUACUUGCAGGGAAUUGCUCUUGUAAACAGUUGGAAAUGCGGUCGUUUGUGAUUCUCUUCUUAAUGUCUAGUGUAGUUGGUAAUGUGUUCACAGAAAUUCAGUAUUUAUGGUUCAUAUGAGGUCUAUGCUUGCUGCAGUAUGUGUAUAUUAUUUACACAUUAAACUCACUGUAACACCCCUAACGUGUUAGGGGUGUUUCUACA